AAAUUAAAAUAAAAUAAAUCAAGUAGUUGAUAGUCAACAAAGUCUUCUAAAUUAAAGAAACUUUCGAAAUAUUUCUCAAGAAGACAUGAAAUUGCGUUCUAGCUCUUUUGUGAUUUUCGGGAUUUUUGUGAUAUUCUGCCAAAAUUUCGUCAAAGCAGAUCACGUCACAGCACGAAACAAGAAAUUCGAGGAAAUUUUUGAAAAUGUGAAAAGUCAAACACUCGCACAAGUACAGGCUGAUGCUGCAAUCGAAGUGAUCUACAGAUUGAUUCCGGAAGCGGCUCAUAAUUUCAAUGUGACCAUCAACGUUCUGCUGCCAGACAAUAGUUUCAGUGUGUACAAAGACUCGAAUUCCUCGAUUGUUUACAUCACGGCAUCAAGUGGUGUCGCAGCAUGUCACGGCUUUUAUCACUACAUCAAGUACUAUUGCGGGUGUCAAGUGGCAUGGGAAGGCUCGCAAGUUAAUUUGCCGGAAAAUUUGCCAGAUGUUGACAUCAGUGUCACGUCGCCGAGUCAAUUUGUGUACUUUCAAAAUGUUUGUACGUGGUCUUAUAGCUAUACUUGGUGGACUUUUGACAAUUGGCGACGACAUAUCGAUUGGAUUGCCUUGCAUGGGAUUACGUUGACUUUGGCGCCAUUUCAGGAGGAAAUUUGGACACAAAUUUAUCAAAGCUUUGGCAUUCAUCAGGAGGAAAUUGAUGAUCAUUUUGCGGGACCUGCGUUUCUUGCGUGGCAAAGAAUGGGAAAUCUCCGCGGUUGGGGAGGUCCGUUAAGCAACAAUUUCAAAAAUAAAUCUUCAAACUUACAAAAACAUGUCAUAAAAUCCUUACGUGAUCUCGGAAUUAGUGUUGCUCUUCCUGCCUUUGCGGGACAUGUUCCUGUCGCUUUCAGACGAAUUUUUCCGAAUGCCUCGUUAACGCCAGCUCAAAAAUGGAAUAAAUUCCCGGAAGAAAAUUGUUGCCCGUUGUUUUUGGAUCCAACUGACCCGUUAUACGGAAUUGUGGGAGAAAAAUUUCUAAAAGCUGUCAUCAAGAAUUACGGCACAGAUCACAUUUAUUUUGCUGAUCCUUUUAACGAAAUGCAUCCACGAUAUGCGGAUGCGUCGUAUUUGGGAAAUUCAUCUGCUGCUAUUUAUGACACGAUGAGAAGAGUUGAUCCGCAUGCUGUUUGGUUGUUACAAGGAUGGAUGUUCCUCGAUGUGCUAUUUUGGAAAAAUCAUUUGAUCGAAGCAUUUUUGACGUCAGUUCCUCAAGGAAGAAUUCUCGUAUUAGACUUACAAUCUGAACAAUUUCCACAGUACGAGAGAACAAAUUCGUAUUAUGGACAACCUUUUAUUUGGUGCAUGCUUCAUAAUUUCGGAGGAACAUUGGGAAUGCAUGGAUCAGCUGAUAUCGUCUAUAACCGCAUCCUUGAAACUCGUAACGAUCCAAAUAUGACGAUGGUUGGUGUCGGCAUCACUCCCGAGGGAAUAAACCAGAACCAUGUAAUGUACGAAUAUGCUCUCGAAAUGGCUUGGAGCUCCGAUACGUACGAGCCAGAGCAAUGGUUUCAUCAUUACGCGAUAACCCGUUAUGGAGAAAAUUAUCCUGAAGCGACACGAGCAUGGGAAUUAUUACUCAAAAGUGUCUAUUCUUACAGAGGACUUGAAAAAAUUCGUGGCAAAUAUACGAUUUCGAGACGUCCCAGUGUUAAAUUAACGCCUUGGACAUGGUACAACGUUUCUUACGUCGACGAAGCCUUAAGUUUGUUACUCCAGAUGCCCCAUACCAUCAAAGAAAGUGCUACACAGCUUUAUUAUCACGAUUUAGUCGACCUAACGCGUCAAUUCCUGCAAAAUCGAGCUGAUCAACUUUACCUCGCCAUCAUGGAAGCCUAUCACGAUCGCGAUUUAGAACGAGUUAGUCAAUAUAAAACGACUUUUUUGACAUUACUCACGGAUUUGGACAAAAUUUUACGAACCAGCAACAGAUUUUUGCUCGGAACAUGGCUCGCAAGUGCCAAAAGAUGGGGUCAAAACAAGCUGGAAAAGGAAAUGUACGAAUUUAACGCACGAAAUCAGAUAACUUUGUGGGGUCCCAAUGGGCAAAUUGUCGAUUACGCGAACAAACAAUGGUCCGGAGUCGUCGCUGACUAUUUUUACAAACGAUGGAAGAUGUUUUUCUCGGAAAUGGAGUCCGCGUUACAAAAUAAUGAGGAUUUAGAUGAUAGAAAAACUAAAGGAAAGAUAUUUAAAUGGGUUGAGGAGCCUUUUAACUUGGAUCGGAAAUUUUAUCCCUUCAAAAAAGAUGGAAACACCGUUGAAAUCGCUCAACAAAUAUUUUCACGCUACAUUCGCAUGGGUCACUUACCGGAAGUGCAAAUCCGACAUCAUGCGCAUACCGAUCCCUCGUUGGAGGAGAGUCCAACACUCUAUGCUCGCAAUAUGGGCUCCGACCAGAUGCCGCAAGUGCCUCAAACAAGAACAACUGCGCCAAAAAGACGACGUUUAUCUUAAAAAGUGACGAGAAAUGUAAAAAAUUACAAAA